GUCAUCGAACUCGGUACUUCCUCAUGGCAGCGAUCGAGCCAGUGAUCGUUGGAACCUUGUUUCGCUACACCACACCGUUUUCGAGCAGGAUAGUCGGAGGUUGCAAUUGUUGAAGUGCGUGGUGUUGAUCGAGUCCUUCUGGGCGAUCGGGGCCGCCUUUGAAGCGUUGCUCGCCUACCUCGUCAUGGCCACGUGGGGUUGGCGAGCGCUCGUCAUCCUCUCGUCGCUCCCACUUGGACUUUUCGGAAUUCUCUCAUUUUGGCUUCCUGAAUCAUCUCGUUAUGACAUGGCAUCCGGUCGCCCAGAAAAGGCGAUGGCAACCCUAACAAAAGCUGCAAAAGAGAACCGGGUCAAUCUUCCCGAAGGACGGCUUGUUGCCAGCACUACCAAAAUCGAACAACGCGGUGGGAUCUCAAACCUUCUAUCGCAGGACUAUCGCAGUACCACGCUGCUGUUGUGGUUUAUAUGGGCGGUGAACGCCUUCUCGUACUACGGUAUGGUGCUGUUCACUACCGUUCUCUUCCAAUCGCAUGACGAAUGCCAUGGCGGACUUUUCUCCAAUGGCACGCAGCUAGAGUCUUGCCAGCCACUCACCAGAAAGGACUACUUUGACCUGCUAUCUACGACCAUGGCUGAAUUUCCAGGUUUGUUAAUCACAGUUGUGGUUAUCGAGUGGUUUGGUAGAAAGAAGACGAUGGCACUGGAAUUUGCUCUCUUCUCUCUGUUCACUUUCGCUCUGUACUUUUGCCUCGACAGGUUCACCGUAACCACUAUGAUUUUUGUUGCUCGUGCGUUCAUCUCAGGUGCAUUUCAAUGCGCCUACGUCUACACUCCAGAGGUCUAUCCAACGACCUUGCGAGCUGUCGGUCUGGGCGCCUCAUCCGCCAUGGGGCGAAUCGGAGCGAUUUUCACGCCAUUUGUGGCGCAGGUGGCAUCGGAGAGGUCACUUUCAUUACCGAUAGGAAUAUACGGCACCACAGCACUGCUAGGUCUGAUAGCUGCCCUUUCAUUACCGAUUGAAACGCGAGGAAGAAAAAUGCAGGUGAGCUGA